UUCCAGUGACACAUGGCCCAUUCGUUGACCGAGCGGGCGAGUCGCCACAGCACCAGUAGCCUCCUUGCACCCGUGCGGUUUCUCUCGCGCCGCCUCCUCCCUGCCACGUCUGCAGAAGCACGCGCCGGAAAGAGCCGCCUUACCCGCCGGCGCGCGUCGAGCAUCCGCACCAUGCGCAACGUCGAGGUGCCUCGCUACGAGGUGCUCCGGUCGUCCAAAACCACCGUGUACAUCACGACCGUCGACAACGGCACCGACUACUGGGAGCUCCCGAUCCGGUACUCCAAGUACCACGACUUCUUCACGACACUCUGCAAGACGGACAAGAAGUGGGUCGCCAAGCUCCCGUUUCCCGAAAAGUCGUUUGGGUUUGGGAAGGACUCGCCCGACUUUCGCCGGCGCCAGCUCGACCUCUUCAUGCGCCAGCUCAACGCGCUCUUCACGUCGCUCUCGGCCGAGGGCCAAGACGUCGUGAUGGACUUUCUCGAAGCCAAGCACCACGUGUACCACUAUGAACGCGAAGCCUCGAUCUACGACCACUACGACGACGAGAAGGCGUCGCGCCGCGGCUACAAGUCGUCGGUCGCGUCCGAGACCGACUGCGAAGACAACUCGAGCGAGCACAACAUUGACGGUCUCUCGUCGCCGUCGUUCCCGGAUCGGACUUCGUCGCUCCACCACGCUCGGUCGUCGUCCUUGCAUUCGUCGUCGCACUGCUCUUCGAUCCAUGAAGAAGAGGUCAAGCGCCCGCCAGUUGUCGAGCCCGUGCCCGUCGCACCGACACCAGUGGUCGCACCCACGCCGGUCGUCGCGCCCACGCCGGUCGUUGCACCGACACCGAUCGGCGUUGUCGCAGCACCGGCACCGAAACCCAAGCUCCACACGCUUGUGUCGCAGGUCGAAGGCUACGCGCCGAUGGCCCCGUCGGCCGCACCGAUCUGGCAGCAGCACGAGACGACGCUCUCGACGUACACGCGGCCCGCGCAUCUCAACCCCGUUGUCGUCAAGACGUGGGGUGUGCUGUACCCGACGCUGUUCCCGCAGCAGGUCGGCGGGGCCCCCAAGCCGCUUGCGGCCACCACUGCGUCCGACUAAACCCGUAUGCUCGCAGUACUUCAUCCCUUCCGUCCACGAAGCAAUCACCCACCACCAGUUCCUAUGUAAUGUAUAUAAGAUAUGAAUCCUCUUCCAACAACGACCGUUGAAAUUCG